GGAAAUCACCACAUGAAUUUAUCCUACAAAAUUUAUCGAUCGUUGUUGGAACAUUUGGUAUAGUGAAACGUUAUUUUACAUAAUUAUCUGAUAAUAACAACAUCUAAAACUCAAAUUGAAGUUGCCGUUCCGACGGCUAAGUCAAAUGAAAAGUCAUUGCUUGGGAAUCUUUUCCGGGACGGACACAUUCCGGAAGUCUCUCGUUGAAACCAAAUUGGGGACGCCACCUUCAUCAAACAAUCCUAAAGAUGACGGACCGCUACAACAUCCACAGCCAGCUGGAGCACCUCCAGUCCAAGUACAUCGGCACCGGCCACGCCGACACCAGCAAGUGGGAAUGGCUGGUGAACCAGCACCGAGACUCGCACUGCUCGUACAUGGGCCACUUCGACCUGCUCAACUACUUCUCCGUGGCCGAGAACGAGAGCAAAGCCCGGGUCCGCUUCAACCUGAUGGAGAAGAUGCUCCAGCCGUGUGGACCCCCGGCAGACAAGCCGGACGAAUCCUAGAUUUGGACCUGCGGCACCAUUUUGUGGACAACUUUUUUUUUUUUUUUUAACAUGUACAGAAGACACCUGGACUAUUUUUGAAUGGGGGAUGUAUUUUGUUACUUUAGUAUCAUUAGUUGAAGCUAUAAAGGACGUUUGUUGGUGUAAUUAAAGCUUUCUUUUCGCUAC